UUCUCUCCAAAAACAGGAGGCAAUGGCUCCUAUAAAUUCUCAAGAACUUGCUCCAGCUCUGGACUCUUUAUGUCUUGACUCAUUUCAGUCGGUAGAGAACUCAGCUUUUGAUGGCUGCUCCAAGAGAGAAAUCAAAGAGAUUCAUAAAAAACUUGAUGAAAUUAAUGCCAUGUUGCCUAAUAUUGAGAGUUCAAUAAUGGAUCUGCGAGAAAUCACAGAAAAUUCAGUGAGAUAUAGCAAGAGAAGUGUUUCCCUAAUGAAGAAGAUGAUCAAAGAUAACAAAAAAGAAAGUUGUUACUCCAAAGACCAGCUCCCAGAUAACAUAAUCUUGAAUUCUGAAGAGGAUGAAGAACUUGAAAGACCAACUCUUAUCAAGAAGAGGAUUAUUCCUGCUGAGGAUCAGAGCCAAGAGUGCCAAGAUGUAGUAAUGUGAACAAGUCAUAAAAAGGAGACUAAAAUCAGGAGAAUGUUUGCUAGGAAAAGCCAUCAUAAAACGGAUAAAUACAUCGUAUCUUACCAUAUUACUAAACUCUUACAGAUAGAGAGUGUACUUACAGGACCCGAGAUCUCAAGAGCCUUCCUAGGGUACCUCAUUGAGAACAAUUGUUGUGUCUCUGAGGAUCAAUAUGUAGUUGACUUCUCGAAAGAUCUGAGACUAGUGAAACUACUUGAUUGAAGGACAAUCCACAUUGAUGAAAUCCUGAAGAAAUUAAUAGAACUUGAACUUAUUUCAACAUAUUCUGAACCAGAUAUGUCACAGCAGAAUGCCUUAAGUUCAAAGGAAGAAUCUAAAGAGGAUCAGUCUGCUUUUGAUGGCCAAGAUACCAUAGAUGUUCACGGACCAAGCUCAGCAUUUCAGGGUCCCUCUUUAGAGUUGAUCUUAUUUAGAGAUAGGAAGGAGACCGAUUCCCAUGACAAAAAUAGUUCAACGAAUAAAUAAGUUUUU